ACAAUGGCCAUUCGAGUUUUCAGUUGGCUUCAAUGCCUUCUAAUUCUACUAUUUUUGGCAAAAUCAAUUUCAUGUUCACCAAUAGGGAAAAUACCAAGACUUGGAGUGAUCAGCAAGCAUGAAGCAGCAGCAGCUGCUAAUAAUUUUAGGGCAUCGGAGGAAUUGCAAACUUACUAUUAUAAUCAAACACUUGAUCAUUUCAAUUAUCAACCGCAGGGUUAUGAAACGUUUCAGCAAAAAUAUGUGAUUAGCUAUAAGCAUUGGCGAGGCGGAGAUGCCUCUGCGCCGAUCUUUGCAUAUAUGGGCGAAGAAGCUCCGUUGGAUGAGGAUAUCGGCGGUAUCGGUUUCCUUUAUGAGAAUGCACCUAGAUUUGGUGCUUUAAAUGUGUUUAUUGAGCACCGGUUCUAUGGGGACUCAAUCCCAUUUGUAUCAAGAGAAGAAGCAUUAGCAAAUGCAACUCUCCGAGGCUACUUCAGCUCUGCUCAAGCUUUAGCAGAUUAUGCAGAAAUUCUUUUGCACAUUAAGAAACAAUUAUCAGCCGAUACUUCUCCGAUUAUCGUGGUCGGGGGAUCUUACGGUGGAAUGCUUGCUUCUUGGUUUAGGCUGAAAUACCCUCAUAUUGCCUUGGGGGCACUGGCUUCUUCUGCUCCAAUUCUUUACUUCGAUAACUUAACUCGUUCCGAUGCAUAUUAUUCCGUCGUCACUAAAGACUUUAGGGACACAAGCGAAAGCUGCCUAAAUACCAUACAGCAAUCCUGGUCUGAACUUGCCCGAGUUGCUGAUCAGCAAGAUGGCCUCUCCAUUCUUUCCAAAAAAUUCAAUACUUGCACGCCAUUGGAGAAUGCUUCAGAUUUGGAAAAUUAUUUAAUACAAAUAUUUUCGGCUGCGGCUCAAUACGACAGGCCUCCGAGAAAUCAAGUGAGUCAAAUUUGCAAAGGAAUCGACAACGCUGCGAAUGGAUCCGACAUACUUGACAAGAUAUUCUCAGGAGUUGAAUCUUACUUUUCGACAAAACGUCCUUGCUAUAAUCUUACUGAAUUCUGGGCACCAGAAACCAUCGAGGGCUGGAAUUGGCAGGUAUGUAGUGAACUAGUGAUACCAAUAGGGGCGGAUGGGAACGAUACAAUAUUUCCAGCGGCACCAUUCGACAUGAAUCAGAUGAACGACUACUGCUUUCAAGCUUAUGGUGUUCUCCCCAGACCUCACUGGAUCACUUCUUAUUACGGCGGUUACCACAUACGCGAGGUGUUGAAAAGGUUUGGUAGCAAUAUUAUCUUCUCUAAUGGAUUAAGGGACCCUUAUAGCAGUGGAGGGGUAUUGCAAGAUAUUUCAGACACUAUAGUUUCCUUGAGCACAGUACAAGGCUCACAUUGCAUGGAUUUAUUGCCAACAAGAAAAGAUGAUCCAGAGUGGUUGGUCUUGCAAAGGAACACAGAAAUUGAGAUUAUCAGUGGAUGGAUCCUUAAAUAUUAUCAAGAUCUUCUUCAAAAUAAUUUUUGAAUUUCUUCUUCCAAAUCCCAAAAUUUUAUCUUUAUUUGUUUUUUCUUUUAUUUUACAUUUUAUAUUAAGAGAAGUUAACUGGUUGAUUUUUUUUCAUUAGUUUAUUCUUUUUUAUUAUUUUGCAAAACCUAGCAUUUCAACCACUAA